CAAAUCACAUCAACCAUAUCAAUAUGUGCAGAAUGCUAAGUUGAUAGCACUGGCUGUUUACAAAACUCGAACCACACACCACAGCACAGUGUUAAGAAUACACAAAGGAAGAAGAUCGAUUCUCUUCUACUUUCUCUGUCUCUGUGUCAUGGCGAAGCCUCGUAAGCCAAAGAACGAGGACCCUAAACCCGAGAAUUCUGGCGCCCUAGUUCACCACUAGAAGCUCUGACUCUCCAUCAACCUCCACAAACGCCUCCUCUACAGGUAUGCUGAAUUGGAGAUUGCCGUGCCGGAGAUCGGGAUCGUUCGCCUGCACGCUGAGAAUUUGGGGAUUGAGAGUGUUUCCGUCGACGGUGAGCCCACUGAGUUCGAGUAUUAUCCUCAGCAGCACCAGCAGCAGGCGGAGGACGAUGACAGGAGGUGGAGCUCCGUCUAUUCGCCUGCCUCGGCUGCUGAAGCUGCCGGCUCAGUGUACUUGUCUGCUCUGGAGAAGGAGCUGGUGCCGAAUUUGCUCAUUAACCGUUGCAAGCCGGCCAAGGCUGAGAGUGAACGGCUCGAGCAGCAGCCGGUCUCUGAAAAUGGGUUUCAUUCCUUUGUUGAGUCUAAGUCUCAUUGCACAUGGGUGCGUAUAUUAUUAUCGUCUCUAUUAUUCACUAUUAAAAGUCUAAAAUAUAACUAAAAUUAUUAGUCAUUUAAAAGUAUUAAGAUGCAUUUAUUUACUUAUUAUAUCAAAUUAAAAAUAAAGAGUGAAUUGUAGAAACUGAAUUUUCAGUCUGCAUCGAAACAUUGUCUAUAUAUAAUUUGGUGAAUGCUACCUAACCCCUCUAAAAUAAUAUGUAAGUUACCCUUCAUUACGUGUCACAUUGUAAUUGGUCCUUAUCUUAACCAUAGGUGGGGCGCCAACGUCAUCGCCAUCUACUGUCCU